AUGGAAAGAUUACUGCAAAACACACCUUUUCACCAUCCAUGCAAUGUGUACAAAGAAUCCAAAAUACCCAUAUUAAAAGACUACAAUGUCUCUGAUGAAUGCAAAGAGAUUGGCAAGCAUUUAUUGGACAUGACAAAGAACCCUCUUUGCCAGCAUGUUGAUGUGUUGAUACCCAAUGAACCCUCUCAGCAGACGGAUCAUUUCAAACACUUUUUUGGCAAGAAAUACAUGCCACAGGAACAGCAGCAAGAAGCCAAUACACAUCCACACAACAUUUCAUAUUCAACCAACAACAACAACAACAACAACUGCAUCCCAAGUCAUGCCACUCAAAAUGCAUGCAUUGUCGAGUCGCCUACAUCAAAACCCAUCAAAGAAUUCAUUGCGACUGAACAGUCCUAUGUCAAUCUACUAGAGGAAAUUGUCUAUAAAAUCAUGAAACCCAUCAAAGAGUCCAUUGUGGAUCCCAUCAAGCAGCCCAUUCUGGACCAAUACUCAUUCAAUCGCAUCUUUAUCAACAUGGAAGACAUUUUGCACGUCAAUAAGUCACUGCUUGAGUCGCUACUGGAGUACAAGCAGGGCAGCACAAUGGCAUCCUUUGGCAGCAUCCUCAGUCGUCAUUUUGCAUCCUUUGAUUGCUACAAAAUCUUCUUUUUAGGCAAGUCAAACUCGCUUGCUUGCCACCAACAAAACAUCAAGCAGAACAAGAACUAUGCCAAGUUUCUGCUCAACAAGGAAUUGAAGGGCAAUCUCGGCAUGAGCGACAUUUUGAUUCAGCCUAUCCAACGCAUGGGCCGCUACAACCUGCUGCUGAAUCUAAUCAUGGAUCAUCUGGACCCUCACGACAUGGACAACCAGCAUUUGAUGCAAGCAAAUGCCAAAGUCUGUAGCAUUAACGAUAUGCAAUAUGGUGAUUCAUCGUUACUUAAUUUGUAUCACCUUAUUCGGGACGCACCAGCCUCCUUGAUUCAAACCCGUCAACUGCUGGGCUACUUUGAUGCAACUGAAUUAUCGCUACAAUCGGGAAAAUGCAACAGACCAGUGACAUUACUGGUGUUUACAGACAAGAUCAUGGUGGUCAAGCGCAAAAACUACAAUCUGCAGGGCAAGGACUAUCUGGAGAAGAUUGAAGAAAAAGUCAAGGACACCCACUCCAGCAGCAUGCUUCAGAAGGCCAAGGAAGCAUACAACGGUCUGCCGCUCGAGUUCAAAGGCUGGGCCGACAUUAGAUCAGUAGAGAUAUUUGAUGGUUUAAAAGAUCGACCUGAUACCUUCUUUUUAAGAACGUGCCUUCCAGACUUGAGUCCCAAUGCUACAGAAAAAGAGUGCGAAGCCUACUUUAGAAGAAGUGAUCGCUUGUAUUCCAUCAUCCCCAGUUCCACACGCUCCAGCAAAUCCGUCCAAGAUUACAUAGCAAGCAAAUCUGCGCUGAUCCGCCUGUGUCAAAAGCAAUGCGCGCUAUCAAACAUCAAAGACACUGAAUCGAAUGAAUUGUAUUACGAAGACAAAUUUAAAUUACCCGCUUAUACCCAAAUUUACAACGAUCAAGAAUCUUAUCGAGUAGCUGAAUACAAGAACCAUAUUUUGGUGGUCUAUUUGCAAGAUGGCUGGAUCGAUAUCAACCGUCUGAUUAGCGAUGACGUCUGGAUAUUGGCUCUGGUGCAUCGACAUGAAUCUGGCGGCUACAAACUGACUAUCCGUGCCAGAACCAGCUUGAUUCCCAUCCGUGAAAGGAGCCGAGACCUCGAGUAUGAGCAAAUCGUCGCUGGCGAAACUCAUGCCAAGCAAAGCAACACGCUUGAUUUCAUUGAUACCCUGUGGAAUAACUUGUUCUUUUAUGAAAGAAGAUUGCGAGCAACUGAAGCAUUCUCCUGUAUCAAUGAUGACUUGCUUCGUGUCAGAGCACGCUCACGUUCCCGAUCCAAGUCGCUUACUCGAGUAGCAAGCAACAUGAGUCUCGGCAAGAUCUUUUCUAGAUCAAGAUCAUCCUCACCUUCAAGAAGAUACUCUGUCGAUGAGCAUGAACAGGGCACUGAAUCUGCGGCAUCACAUGUGCUUGAUCCCAUAUUCAAAAUAGCCACUGUAAACAAACAGCUGGAAGACAAGUUCCGAGGUCCAUCUGCCAACGUGUACGCAAAUGAUGGCUACAGCAUGCCUACUCCUUCAACCACAACUUCAACAACAAGCACUGCGGCAACGGAAAGAAGCAUGAAAACACGCGGUCAGCACACUCAUCCUGCAAGGGUCAAUACAGCAAUAACACAGCCACACUACUUUAACAACGCUCCUCCUUCCGAGAUCUUUGUUCGCGAUGAUACCCAUUUCAUUGAUAGCUUCAAUCAACCCCCAAAGCCCACUAGUCAGCCUCAGGAAGACGUGCUCUAUGGUGGCAGCAAUCUGUAUCAAGACAACUCGUAUAAUCGCCCUCAUCCCUAUUCUCGAAGAAGAAGCUCUGUUCAAAGUUACAACAAUUUUGAUGCUAUGCUGUUUAGCCAAUCACCCCAGGAACUGAUGUCAAGACCUUCUAGUGGCGGUAGUAAUAAUAGUGCUUCUUCUUUUUCCUCUUCCUCUAAUGAGACAAGCCCAGUUUCUGGUGGUACAGCAAUAACAACAACAGACCCUCGAUAUGGUGUGCCUCUAUUUUCAAGUGAUACAAAUAGCACAACCACAACGUCAAGUGGCAAUGGCGGUGGAGGUCACCCUUACAACUCCGUAAGCAGCUACAGUAGUAGCAUCCGAAGCUAUCUGGAGGAGGGCAACAUCCUGGCACAUCAUCCCCAUGAGCGAUAUGGCUCCGUUCGUAGUAAUCACAGCUUUUCUUCUGAUGAGCGACUGAUGAAUGCUAUAGACGGCUCUAGAAGAUCCUCUGCAGCGGCUGCUGCUUCUGUUGCCAAUGGCAGUUACCGUGGCAAAAAGCUCAAUGCAAGUGCUGCUCCACCACCGCUUCCCAAGUCGUUUUACAGUCAAUCUCAGUUACCCACCGUGCAUCAGCAGCAGCAACCUCAUUAUCAUCAUCAACAUCGCUCAUCACAGCCUUUACCAGCAUCCCAUCACCAGCAUCAACAUCACCAGCAUCAACAUCACCAUUCACAACAGCCUAAACUCCCUCAUCGUGCGUACACAAGUCCUGCUGGUGAUUCCAUCUCUACCAAUUUCGCUCAAUUGAAACUGGAUGUCAACGAUUUGAUCGAUGAUUUGAUUCAAUCCCAACAAGCAAAGGCCAAAGACUGCAAUACGUAUGAAAGCGUCCGUGGUCUACGAAGUCAUAUUGUCUCUAGAUUAGAUGAGUUCAUGGACGAUUUGAGUCCUGUUGGUAACGAAAGUCAAUAUGAUUUGCGUUGA